UGAGGGGUUUUAUUUAGGUUAAAAAUCAAAGAAAAGUUAAUAUGUAUAUGUCUUCCUUGUAGAGUUUAGUAGGGGAAGAGGGAAAUUUGCGACAAUCGAAAGAUGGAUGAGACUUCACCGCCACCGGCAACUGGAAAUAGCUCCACCAGCCUAACAGACCUCGACAUGGACGCGUUAGUUCACUGUGCAAGUUACUUGAAUCUUCAAGACGUAUCGAACAUGGCCAUGUCCAGUAAAUAUCUUCAAAAAGCGGCGUAUUCUGACCCAGUCUGGGAAUCCCUUUUCAGACAGCAGUGGUCUCCACUAGUACCUUCUGGCUUAUCAUACACAUCAACUGAGAGGGAAGUAUACCUUUCCAGGCGUACUGAUGUGCUGCAAUUCAAGUUCAUUGACCCUGAAGUUGUAAGCUUUCCUAUCAGGGCAAAGCGUCAUGAAAAUCUGUGUCUUGACAAAGACAAUAUCAUAUUUUCUGAGGGAUCUUCACUUUGUGUAAUGAACAUUGAAAAUUUUCGGCAUGGAGAAGAUUCAUAUGACACACUCAGGGGUCACACUGCCAAAAUUACUUCUCUGAGAUCAAUUCCAUUUGAAGAGACAUGCUUGUAUAGUAGCAAGGGGCAGAAAAGUGAUAAUCUUUUUGUAACCUCAAGCUUGGACCAUUCAAUUCGGCUAUGGUGGAAGGGGAGUUGUCAAAGAAGCUUCAGAAUCUGUAAUGUUUCAGUUUCCGCAAUUUCAGACAAAUUGUUGGGUGAUCAUCCGAGUAAAAUACUUGCAAGCGGUGGUUCAGAUGGAAUUGUUCGAUUAUGGUCCCUUGAUUGUAGUGGAAAGCGCAGCCAACAUGAUUUAAAGGCUGUUCUAUACGGGCAUGAUAAACCUGCAGUGCUGAUGUCAGUUGCUGGGCACAAGACAUCUCUUCUAGUGAGCAUAUCAAGGAACUCCAAGGUGAUAGUUUGGGACACUGCUACUUCAUCUGCCAAUCGUUCUUCAUGCUGUGUGGGAAAGAGCACUGUGCCUGGUGCACCUAAAGCAAUGAAGUGUCAUGAAUCACUGAUCUAUAUUGCGUCUGGUACCUCUGUUGUUGCAAUUGAUAUAAGAACAAUGCGUCAAGUUUUCAAAGUGAACCAUCAAGAAGAAGUACAUUCAUUUCAAAUGUUGCCAGAGAAAUCAUUGAUGUGCACAGGGUUAGCUCAAAGAGCAAUGCUUUGGGAUGUGAGAAGAGGGUGUGACAUAAACAAGGGAGAAGCAGUAGCUGAAUUAGAUGGACAUAGAGGCAAUGUAAGCCUCUUGCACAUGGAUCCCUACAAGAUUGUUAGUGGUGGGCUGAAGGAUUUCCAGGUACAUGUUUGGGAGACGGGGAACGGUAGACAAUUAAGUUCAUUGAAUUGCUGCUCUCUAUCUGAUUCUCGUCAAGGCUAUCGGUGUUCUGCAAUGGCUGUCAAUGGAAGUCGUAUACUAACAGCUUGUAAUGACGGACACUUCAGUGACUUGUGUUUCCGGGACUUUAACAACGCCACGAUUCCUUCUAUCUCUUCCGAUUCAAGCAUUCUCCAAUCAAAGUUUUGGGCUCCUAAAUCACAGAGUGAUACUGAAGAAUAAUCAGAUCAUGAUUCAACCUAGCUGCUCCCUGACUCUAAAAUCGGUUACUUUUUUAUUUCUUCCUUAAUUUUGAAUUUUUAAUUGAGUUAGAUUUACGUCUCAUGUCUUUAUGAUAACAAGUAAAUUAUGUUUGCGCCCCUUUAAAUGUUUGAUUUUACCACUAUCAAAUUAUUUCGGAUCAGAUUUUUCUUUUCAA